AUGUUGAACACAAGCAGAUUGGCACUCCCAUUGAGACUCCGGUCGUCACUUAAGAUGGCCAGAAGAACCAUGGCUUCAUCUUCAAGUAGCGACUUGGUGAGUAUCACCUUACCUGAAAGUUCAUUUGAAACCUUUGAAUUGGAGAAUGGACCAGAAUUGACUUUUGAAACUGAUAAGGAAAACCUCUUACAAAUGUAUAAGGAUAUGAUUAUUAUCAGAAGAAUGGAAAUGGCUUCCGAUGCAUUGUACAAGGCUAAGAAGAUUAGAGGGUUUUGCCAUUUAUCUGUUGGUCAAGAAGCUAUUGCUGUUGGUAUUGAACAUGCUUGUGAUAAGAAGGAUACCAUUAUCACUUCUUACAGAUGUCACGGUUUCACUUAUAUGAGAGGAGCAUCUGUUAGAGCUAUUUUGGCUGAAUUGAUGGGUAGAAGAUCUGGUGUUUCUUAUGGUAAAGGUGGUUCAAUGCACAUGUUUGCUCCUAACUUUUAUGGUGGUAACGGUAUUGUGGGUGCUCAAGUUCCAUUGGGUGCUGGGUUAGCUUUCUCCCAUAAGUACAGAGGUGAAAAUAACUGUACCUAUACCUUAUACGGUGAUGGUGCUGCUAACCAAGGUCAAGUAUUUGAAGCUUUCAACAUGGCCAAAUUAUGGAAUUUACCAUGUAUUUUUGCUUGUGAAAAUAACAAAUAUGGUAUGGGUACUUCUGCCUCCAGAUCUUCUGCUAUGACCGAAUAUUACAAGAGAGGUCAAUACAUUCCUGGUUUGAAGGUUAAUGGUAUGGAUAUUUUGGCAGCUUAUCAAGCCUCCAAAUGGGCUAAGGAUUGGUGUGCUCAAGGUAAGGGUCCUUUGGUCUUGGAAUACGAAACCUACAGAUACGGUGGUCACUCUAUGUCUGAUCCUGGUACCACUUACAGAACCAGAGAAGAAGUUCAACACAUGAGAUCUAGAAAUGAUCCAAUUGCUGGUUUGAAGGCUAAGUUGUUAGAACUUGAAAUUGCCACUGAAGAAGAAAUCAAGGCUUACGACAAGGCUGCUAGAAAGUACGUUGACGAAGAAGUCGCUUUGGCUGAACAAGACCCUGCUCCAGAAGCUAAGAUGGACAUUUUGUUUGAAGAUGUCUAUGUUCCUGGUUCUGAAAUUCCUGUAUUGAGAGGAAGAAUCUCCGAUGACUCUUGGGACUUCAAGAACAAGACCUUCUUAAAUAAAGUUUACUAA